AUGCGCAUAAUCCACACCGUCCACAGCCCUGCCACCUUCCGCGCCGUCGACUACCGCGACGACCCCGCCGUAUAUACCGUCAGCACUCGUCUUCGCGAAACUUGGGUCACAGACCCUGCCCUCAUUCUCGCCGCCGCCGAGAUACCCAGCCCUUGCGAUAGCUCCAAGCUGGUGCCUGACAUCGGCACCGUCAUCCGCGCCAUCCAGUCCUUAAGCAUCAACACCGCAAACAGCAAUGACGACGACGACGACAACAACAACAACACCAACAAUGGCUGCGGCGGCGACUGCGGCGGCGGGAAAGACGGCGACAACGAUGGAAAAGAUAUCACAGACCGGACGGGCGGGAGUACCCAAACCGACGAUGCCCUCCGCGCGCUGCGCAAUGCGGACAAGGAUACGCUGCACACGCCGCUCCGCGACGCUGUGUAUUACAACUGGAACCACGUCUUCUGGGACGUUACGCGAUUUUUGCUGAUACUGUCUCAGCCGUGUGAGGAGGAGGAGGAGGGAGAGGAGGUGACGGUAGCCGCAGCAACAUCACCGGGAAAAGGAAUGUAUGGCGAGAUGGUGGGACACAUGCAUCCCCCGACGGAAGAAGUAUUUGCGGUGGAGUAUCCGAAGAAAGAUGGAGGCUGUGAUGGUAUGGUGGAGACGGCCGCCGCGGCCUGGGAGAAGGUGUUCGAGACGAAUGUGUUGCUUGCGCCGACUUUUGUGGAGGAGGGGGUUGACGUGCGAGUUGCAAUUGGGGAGGGAGAGCAGGCCAGUGGCUUCAACUUUGAUGCAAGAGAGACGAGGGGCGUGUACAACGAGCCCAUAGUGUAUUGGAUCAGGAAGGGAGAGCGUGUGAGGAUGACGCUAAGUGGCAAGUAUGGAAAGGGUAAGUCUGGUGUUGCUGCUGUUUUUGUGCUUGGGAAGCUAUGUGAAUGUUUACCGGAGAAGGAGAAAGCUCUAGAGCUUCAGUGUCAUGAAAUAGAGAGAAGUGACGAGGACGGGACGGUGGAUGAGUAG